AUGGAUGCAUCUACAAGACUCUACAAGCGCCUGGGCGAGAUACCAGAAGACCCAAACGACCCCGAUAGCCUAGACGACCUCAUAGUCUGCGCAUUUGGUGCUUUUGAGCGGUACUACGUUUGUUGGAAAACUAAGGGCGGAGAGUUCAAGCAAGAUGGCUAUGAUCUUCCUCUUGCACUCAGAGACUGGCUCUACCCCACAGACGGCACAACGCGAGAUUUUGCGUCACUCCAAGUCGUUUUUGGACGAGGGGAGGAAUAUUUCGCGUCUGAUAAAAACGGGAAGUUGGAGUACAAGGAACCAGAAGUGAAAAGACCGGCACCAGUAGAAGACGAAGAGAAGCUUGAUAGGCAAGCACUGAGAAGAUCGAGAACAGUGUCAUUCUUGAGGCCCUUGUCGGAGACGAGUAUACGAUCUGACGGCGGAACAAGCGACACGAAUAGGAGUAAGCGAUCGAGUUCGAUAAGCUCGCAACGAGCCAGUCGGCCACCUAGCCUAAGUUAUACGAACUCACGAACGAACUCGGAAAUAUCGCUAUUGGGAGAGACGAUUAUUGAGGGCCAGACAAGACAACCGACACGACCUUCAUACAUAUCGCAGUGGACAGCUCUUGGGUCGAGUGUAGGCGAGUUGAAGCAAGUGAAAUCUCCAUCAACGUCAGAGCAUGGGAUAUAUGGCGUGCCAGUCGUCGAACCAGAGCGCGACAAGGUACCAACAAAAACAGUAUCCCCAGCAUCAGUAACGAAUAAACCACCGUUGCCACCAUCGCGGACUGACACAGCACCAAAUGCUGCAACACGACAGCAGAAUUUCCAGGCGCAAAGAGAUGUCACAUCAGACACUCCACCGUGCACAUGCGGCUGCCACACCUCACCGUUACCAUUGCCACCACAACAAACCAGACCUACCUACGUUACGAUCGCAACACAAACAUCACCUCUACCCUCGCCUCUUUGCCCAGAAAUCUCGAAUACCUCCUACUGGCCCUCACAAGCGAACUUCACUGCUAUACCUCAAGAUGCAGCUUACUAUGUUGACGAAGACUACGAUACACCGCCAGUUGUCAUGGGACGAAUGUCGACCUACUUUAGUAAACCAGGGUAUCAGCUAGGAGACAGUUUGUUUAGUGGGUAUCAGCCGAUUAAUUGGGCAAGUGGAUAUGAAGAGGUGGAUGACUUUGGUGGGGAAGGUAUGAGAUAA